GCGAGACUCCACAGACAGUCUGGGGAGCUCGAGAGGACUGUGUCGUCGAGCGGGUCAUCUGGAAGGAUCGCAACGAAACUGAAAACACAAACACUAUUUUAACGUAUAUUGCUUGCCCUCUACUUACAAUACCACUUGGGAUUAAUGUGGAUAUUCUGAAACUGGAUUUACCAAGAGGAACUACAAGGAAAGACGAUGAGGAUAUCAACUUGGGAGCGUUUACAGACCCUCGAAUGAGAUUAGUAACUUUUUAUCGGGACGAAGAGGAUAUUUAUAAUCGUGUCACCGUGUGAUCGAUCUUGCGUAACUUUAUACUUAGGGCUAUUCCUGUUUUAUAUACAACGAAGGUUGUUGUUUUUUUAGCUGCACCGGCGCUCUCCUUUCACGCGCCUGUUGACGGCGCGUGGCGGAGACACCGGAGAAGCUUCGGCUUGCGCCAGCUACCGGAGAAGGACCGGCUCGCGCCAGCCACCUGACCUCUGUACAGGAAAACAAGUGCUUGCUUAAUGAAACAGGCCGGUGGUUCUUGUCUAUUAUAUCCACGUUUAUUUCUCGACAUGGGCUACUUGUUGUUUACGGGUUGAAGGCUAAACUUCUCACGCGAAAGGAUUAACGUCACAAGUUCGAGCGUUUCCAUAGUGACAUAGUCGACAUAGUCGAUUUAUGUUAAUUAGCCGUUGGAUAUAGAUUCGCGUAAUUUAUAGAAUGUAAACGUUUGUAUGGUGGAGUUUGAAGGUUGAACCGUUGUUUGUUGUUUUGUUUUGAACCACUUUAACCGCAUCAGACGUCCUCAAGCUGUCACUAUGGCCAGAAGCACGGUGCUACUUCACCCCCCCCUCGCGCAGCGGCUCCAUGCCUAGUGAGUAACCGCUCCGGUGCGGCGGGCCGUGGCCCUGCGGCGGGAAGACCGUCGGCAUGAGCAGCAUGGAUCUCGAGCGCAUGUCGCUCAGCUCCUCGGCCAACUCCGUCGCCUCGAGUGCCCGGACACUGUCGGCCAACGUGAAGAAGCUCCACAACGCCUUGAACCUCCUGCUCAACGAGUUCGAGAGGGAGCAGUUCAUCCACUGCCUCAACGUCUACCACUCCAAGCGCAACGUGUACGACCUGGUGCAGACCCUCAAGAUCAUCCUGAACGCGCCGAGCAAACGCCAACUUCUGCCCAUGCUCCGGCUGGUCAUCCCCCGCUCGGACCAGCUGCUGUUCGACCAGUACACCUCGGAGGGUCUCUACCUGAAAUCGGAUUUAGUUGCGAGCAACGGGACCCUGGAGCCCCCGAACGACUUGGCCAGUGGGAGCUCGACCCCGACCUCUCCACCAGCGCGGGAUGUGCCUUCGCCAAACAUCCCCCGCGAGUCCAAAGUGGCGCUGCGAGGCUCUCCGGAUAGUUUCAGCACUAGCAGCGAGGGGACAGCUCCCCUCGUGCCGCUGCUCGGUAAAAACUUUGUCCACGAGCCUCCCGGGGAGGUGCGCCAUGUGAUCAUGAAGCGGCACAAGAGCAACGAGGGUCUGGGGUUCAGCAUUCGCGGGGGCUCGGAGCACGGGGUGGGCAUCUACGUGUCCCUCGUGGAGCCCGGGUCUCUCGCCGAGAAGGAGGGUCUUCGGAUCGGGGAUCAGAUCAUGAAGGUCAACGACAAAGUGUUCGACAAGGUGACCCACGCAGAAGCUGUUAAGGUGCUGAAGGGCACCAAGAAGCUGUCGCUGCACGUGCGUUCGGUGGGCCGCAUCCCGGGGGGCUACGUCACCAACCACGUGUACACCUGGGUGGACCCCCAGGGCCGCGGGGUCUCCCCUCCCCCCGACCUCCCUGAGCACCGCAGCAACACCCUGCGGCGCAGCGACGGCCAGCGGCGCAGCGACAUGGCGCUGCUGCAGGACGGCGACGAGAAGAAGGUGAACCUGGUGCUGGAUGACGGGCGGUCUCUGGGCCUGAUGAUCCGGGGCGGGGCAGAGUACGCUCUGGGGAUAUACAUCACCGGGGUGGACCAGGGGUCUGCUUCAGAGUGCGGAGGACUCAAGGUGGGCGACCAGAUCCUGGAGGUGAACGGGCGCAGCUUCCUGGGCAUCCCCCACGACGACGCGGUGCGCGUGCUCAAGUCGUCGCGCCACCUGAUGAUGACGGUGAAGGACGUGGGCCGGCUGCCGCACGCCCGCACCGUGGUGGGAGAGACCAAGUGGAUCGCCAGCUCCCAGAUCUCCGAGACCUCCACCACCAGCAGCCUGGCGGGUGUUUCCAUGGACCAGGGAGCCUCCGCAGCCGGAAAGCCGGUGUUCUACAAGGGCGUGGCGGGCUCCCAGGUGACCCUGACCAGCGUGGUGAACCAGCCGCGCGCCAUGCUGGAGGAGCAGGCCCGCCACCUGCUGACGGAGGCGGAGCGGCAGACCAUGGGCUACUACGUGGAGGAGUACCGCGACGGGCACAUCGCCGUGGAGCCGCUGGUCAUGGCUCUGUUCGAGCUGCUCAACACACACGCUAAGUUCUCCCUGCUCUCAGAGGUGCGCGGCCUGGUCACUCCCCAGGAUUUGGAGCGCUUCGACGGGCUGGUGUUGCGCCGCGAGAUCCAGGCUCUGAAGGGCCGCCAGGGCCCCGCCGGAGCCCCGGGCCUCCACCCAGACUCCCAGUCCAUGGUGUCCUACCCCGACACGCUGACCUCCUCCUCCGCCAGCUUCAUGACCAACACCACCCUAAGCUCUGCCCGGAACGACAGUGUGGUGGACAGUGAGAGGAACACUCUGGAGAGUUCAGAAACUCUGCUGCCAGACAUCUCGUUGGACGACGUCGACUCGUCCACACCCGAGCCCCCCCCCCUCUUUAAGCCACCGCCCCCCCCCGGGGUUCAGAGGAAACCCAGCCGGAAGGAUAAGGUGGACAAGCGCACUUCCUCCGAGUCCGCCCAAUCAGACGGCCUUUACUUCACUGCGCCACCCUCCCGUAACCACCACGCCCCCACCUCCCCCUCGCCGCUCCCCCCCCACCGAACUGCCCGUAGAGACUCCUCCCACCAGUACGCCACCGUCCAGAGGAAAGGCCCCUCCCUCCCGCCCAUCGCGGCACAGCUGGCCAUGGUCCACCGCCACCACAUCGGGCCCUUCCCCAGGGUCCAGUCCCCCACCAGGGGCCCUCAGCCUUCCCCCAGGUCCCCAUCCACACCACCUCCUCCUCCGCCUCCUCCGCUCCCUGCUCCAGCCCCGCCUCAUCCGCCACCACCUCCACCCUCUCAUCCUCCGCCCCACACCCCAAAGACCAAGGCCUCGGCGAAGACCUCCCCCAAAGCCCGAUUUGUGACGGUGGAGCUCCACCGGCAGAACGCGGAGCCAGACCUCAACGAAGUGCGCCCCCUGCCCCAGCCUGGAGGUGGGACCCUGGCCCAGCAGUCGGACGGGGGUCAGACCCUGAGUGAGGACAGUGGGGUGGACCUCCCGGAGUCUCAGGGCCACACUAGUAAGGACGGCCCCGGCCGCCCCGCAUGCAUACGCCCCCCACAGGGCGGCCCGGGGGGGGCGGGGGAGCACACUCCCAGACCGCCGGGUCUGCUGGAUCCCACCUCCCAACUGGUGAGGGUCGGGAAGAGCGCCACCACGCUGGGGAUCGCCAUCGAGGGAGGAGCCAACACACGCCAACCCCUGCCCCGUAUCGUCACCAUCCAGAGGGGUGGGUCGGCCCACAACUGCGGCCAGCUGCGGGUGGGUCAGGUGAUCCUGGAGGUGAACGGGGUUUCCCUCAGGGGCCGGGAGCACCGGGACGCGGCGCGCCUCAUCGCCGAGGCCUUCAAGAACAAAGAGCGCGACCACGUGGACUUCUUGGUGACAGAGUUCAACGUAGCGCUAUAGCUUGGAGAGGACGAGGAGCGGUGCUGAAGGGAAGUCGAAUGAGUCUCACUCCCCUAGCGGUGGAUAAGCGCUAACAAGCAGCUAGCUGUGAUCAGCGCUAGCAGGGUGGGGGGGGGGAACUGAAUGCAGAAUGUCGCAUUCCUUCACCCGGCGAGCGUUUUGUUCCGAGAUGGUUGCUAGGUGGGGGUUUAACACACAUUCCAAGCGGCCAUUUUGGUGCCUUUUCACCAACUGGUGGUUUGGUUAUUCUAGAAUUUGGCGCGAAGAACCAAGAUGGCAGCUUGGAAUGUGAGGAUCACAUGGUGGAAACCGUCCAGUGAGGCACAUUGAAGUCUAACUGCACCCCCGGCUUCCAGAAAUAAGAACAUUAACAUUUGAAUGAAAUGCUUUCCAUACUUUCUACCCAGCAGGAAGACAGACGGCAGAUACUAUGAGCCUCUAUAGUUUUGAUAGAUGUGUCAUCAUUGCAUGGCCCCCCUUUCUCUAGCCUUCAGCCUUUCACCUGCUCAACCAACCUGUGAAAUGUGAAGACACAAGCCCUCAUCCAUCUUGGGAGGGAUGCUUCUAGUCUAUCCACGCCUUCCGGGAUCAAGACACCAACCCUGUGGAGAUGGAUAUUGGUCUGUAAAUCGCGGCCCCAGAACUAGGGGUCGGAUGGAUGGCGCCCUGAAUUAUUUUUGUUUUCGUAGUCGUAGCGCUGCGCUUGAGUCACUAGCGGAACGAUCCGCCGUUUGAACAACAAACCGUUUGAACUUCCGAUAGCCCAGCCUCAUCGUCUGUCCUCCUAAUGGCUGAUCCUCCACACACAAAACCAACCUCUCUCUGUCGCUCUCGCUCCAGCAAAAAAAGAAAAACCAAGAUGGUUUCCCUUUAUCAGCCUUUCCUCUUAUACCUGUUUUUCUUUUGUACAAAUGAACAAAUGUAGAUACAGAUAUAUAUAUACACGCUACACAUUCAUAUAGAUAAGAUAUAUAUAUAUGUAUAUAUAUAUAUAUAUGGAUUAGAAUCAAUGCUGUAUGACACCAUGAGCUGCAGACUAAAGCAAAUUCAUACAUAGGCCUAUGUUUCCAUUAUUGGUUAGUAUCCGGCAGUGAAAUCAAUGAAAAGUUAUUGGAGCUAAACAUGUAUAAAGAAUACAUGCUUAGCUUGGGUUCAACAAAGUUAGUAUAUAAAAGUAAUAAUUAUAAUUAACUUUAUUAUGGUAGCACUUUUCAAAAUAAAAGUUAUUAAUGGUGCUUUGUGGGAAAUCUCACACAAAGAAGCAGAGAGAAACCAUUUCAAACCCAGUAGGGCUAAAAAAGGUGAGAGUUUGAAACUGGUAUGAAUGGAAACAAAAUAUAUGUUGUUAUUUCCUGUUAUUCUUCCACUUGUUUCUGUGAAUCCUUUGCACUUUUCAGCCUUUCCAUUCGAGUAUUGCUACUUCUGUUAAUUUUGUUGAUUUUGUGAAUACGUCAACAGGGACUUGCCGUAGCCAUGUAUGAUACGAUGAUGAGGAGAUGAGGGAUAUUUAAGAGGAUGACUAAGCCAAAGAUUUUAGAAAUUAUGUACAGGCAUGUUUAAUCAAACACACAUGGACAUGAGCACACACACACAGACACAUACACACACACACACACACACAAACAGACACACACACCAUCAUGCUUGCAAGUACCCAUCACAGAAACAUAAUUAACAGAUAAGCAUUCAAAUUCAGAGAGAUGGAGGAAUGAUAGAGAGAAUAAGGGAGAACGAGAGAGGAAAUAGAAUGACAGAGGGAACAAUAGAGAGGGUGAUGGAGAGUGCAAGAAUGACAGAGAACAACAGCGAUAGGGAUGGAGAACGGUGAAGAGAACAAUUGGUAGAGAGCAUCAUAGAGAGAAUAGGAAGAUAGAAAGAAAGAUAGAGAUACGAAGAGGAAGUGAUGUUGUUAUGGAGAUGUUUGGUCUGUCAUCAGGACAACCGGAGUAGACUGGGGCAUACGCAGUACUCUGGGUGAUUCAUUAUCUUAUGUUCCUGCUGUGUGUGUAUUUGUGUGUGUAUGUCUUUGUUUUGUACAAUGUAUGUGUGUGUGUGUGUGUGCACAUAUGCGUCUGUGUUUUGUGGGUGCGUAUGGGAUGGUGUCUUUUUUGUUUUGUGUGUGUAUGGGUGUGUGCGCACAAGUUUGUGCUUUGUGCUUUGUGUGUGGUGUGUAUGUGUGUUUGCUUGUGUUUAAUGUGUGUGUGUGUGUGUGUGUGUGUGUGUGUGUGUGUGUGUGUGUGUGUGUGUGUGUGUGUGUGUGUGCGUGUGUGCUUGUUUAAGUGUUUGUGUCCCUCCUCGACACUAUUAUCUAAUGUCGUACUGGGAGUACGAAGAGUGAAGCAAGGCUUAAUAAUUACCAAAACUUACCGGCAGGAACAUGUUAGCAAGUCCCAGACGUUGGGGGAACUAAAGAGAACUGUACAUGUUCUGGGAAGAUAGGAGAUGUGUCUGUUUGUAAAAGCACACACUACAUACUGCCACAGAGAGGGGACAGUACCCACACUGAGACAAGCUCUGUUUACGCUUUCAAAUGUUCCCUGUGCAGACUCCCACGCCUGCCCCAGGCUAUCUACACACACACACACACACACACACACACACACACACACACACACACACACACACACACACACACACACACACACACACACACAUA